AUGGCCAGUGAUGUCGAGCUGCUUCUCAGCUUCCUCACAGUGCCAUAUCUUCGCCAACCAUUGUUGCUUCGCUUCUUCUGUCGACACGACCGAGUCCUAGCCUUGCGCCAUCCAGCCUUGCAAGCUAUGCUGCAAGCUGCGUUGUUCGAGCCCGGGCGUUUGAUUAUGAGCAGCAACGAGUCGAAGUGUCCGGAACGAGUCCCAGCCACCGGGCAGGCAGAGAUGGCUUUAAUGGGCUCCCCGAACGGCCAACUCUUGUUGGAACUUGCGCGCUCGCCCAAACCCUUACUGCACGCUCUCAUCGACUGCUUAAAGCUGGCGUUAGAUGUGGCCACCUCAUCAACUUCCAAGACAGUGGACCUCUAUGCUCGAGUGAUGAGCGCCGUUACAUUCGUUUACCAGAUCAUGAAGGGAGAGCACAGGUCCCAGCAAAAGAAUUGGGAGUUGGGUUUGCCGGAGCCCGGCGCGCGCAAGGAGCAGGAGGUUCUUUGGACCCUACAGCAAGCCAUGAUUGACCAUGAGAAGCGCGUGUCGGAGCACGAAGGGCAAGGGCUUAUGACUUGCUUAGAGCGUUGGUUGCAAGAACUUUGGGACAGCUGCCAGAAGAAACCUCAUCUCACAGACGAGAAUGUGCAGCGGAUGUGCGACAUCCAUGCCCAUAUUUUGCUUCUGCUUCGCGGCUUGAAGUUGGUGGGGAAGCCCAACCAAGAACGAUCUCCCUGCCACCAUGUCCGCAGGCUGCUGGGGUCUUUUUCCUUCCUGGUUGCUCGUCACACCUGGAAUGCUGGGUUCCUGCAGAUACCCGAGCCAGAAGUGAUGGAGGUGCUGCAAGUUCACAGACGUUUCUUGAUUGAAUGGCUGAAUUCUUGCGAUUCCACCAGUUCUCCGGAUGAGUUUCACGAGGUGUUGAACAUCGUUCUGAAGCAGUACACACUUGGAGACCACAUGACCACAGCCAAGAAGAGAUGGAAGCGCAAAACAACAUGGCUUGGGGCAAUGGGUUGCUAUGCACUUGACGCGUGCUUUGAUCGUGGAUGUGUCAAGCCAUUGCCUCGAAAAGACGUCUAUUGGCUGGAAGUGAAUCUCCAAUUGCUGCAGGUGUCAAUGAGAGGCACAUUUGUGGAAGCUCUAGCAGCAGAUAUCGUCAAGAGCCCUGCUUUGCAACGAGUCUUGCACCGUGAAGGUCGAGAACUACGUACGAUGCAGGGCAGCAGAGCUCUUGAGUCUGAAACGGUCAUUGCAUAUGAACUGAUGUCGUGCGAUUUGAUGACUUUGAGGUGUGUGGAGGUGGGUCCUAGUUUGCCCGAGUUCUUCUUGCCAGUACGCUUGGUCUAUGAUCAGUAUGAUGCUGAGGAUUUGGAAGGAGGCUUGGAGUGGGUUGGGGAUUUGUUUGAGCCAAUUCGUACGCAAUUCUUUGUCCCACCAAAUCUGAAGUUGAGGGAACCCGCAAAGUUCUAUAGUGAAGCUUCAGCCUCAGCGCCUGUGGUUGUUCUAUCUUGCAGUCAUCCCGACUUCCCUGGCAAGUUCUGGAAUACUGCUCUGAUUGCAGACGCAGAAGAACAGGAGAGCAGUCACCACUGGACCCCUCAUGAAACGAUGCCCAAGGAUGAAGCAGAGGAUUCGGAGUCGGACGCUGAAAUCGGCGCCUUGCAGAAAUCUGUUGUUGAGUUUGUGGAGCCGUCCAUCGGCGGCCCAAGGAUGUCCCAUGAGAUCAGCUUCAGCUUGGCCGCAGAAGCGGAGCCUGAUGCGGCCGACAGCGAAGUCAAGUACAAGCUCCAGAUAGUGAGGCGUGCCCCCUACAUCCCCAAAGAGGACUCUGCCAAGCCACCUCCGCAAAUAAAGGACGUCUUGAGCUUCCGGGAGUACGACCCCGUUUCAGGACAGCUCAAGUACGCGAUUCUGGGUACCAUUGAGGGGGCAGACACCACGGAGAUUUGUUUGCUUCCCCUGCUGCAAAGUGGUGUGAUCCUGCGUGAUUUGCUCCGCCUCGCGCAGUUGGCCAAGGUUCCAGGCUUAGAGGCUCACGCUCAUGCUGCUCGAGCAUCAAGGGGCAUCGGUUGGUCCAAGCUGACCCGGAGAGGUGAACUCUUCCUACCCAAAGAGGUUUUACUCGGAGUGCUGCCCGAAUGCUUGGUGGAAGCUUACAACUUCUAUCAGGACAUGAAAGAGGAGAAAGUCCUGCGUGGGUAUCCUCUCAACCAUAAACAUGAAGAGGAACCCUUUGCAAGCAUGGACCAUUGGCUCUUGGUGAGGCUUGUCGAGCGAUCAGCUGCGAAGCAUACCCAGAUGAAGGGAGUUCAUGCCUUUGUGACCAAGAUCAUGAAGUCUUCAUGUGGCAUGUCUUCAACAGCCAAGAAGCUUGUCGACCUUGUCUUCGCAGAAGAGGGGUCUGCCGGUUUUGUCGUAGCCCAGGUCAUUUCGAGGUUUGAAAACUUGUCACACUGCCUGGCUUGGUCGGAUGAUGCAUCUUCUGCUUCUAUCGAUUCUGUUGAGUUGCCUAGACUUCACUUGACUUUCAAGCAUAGCCAUGGCAAAUUGAUUUCGAAGGACUUCAAAGGAAUGCACCUUGUCACCUCUGCACACUUGCAGAGCCUGAAGGAUCAGCAUCCAGAUGCAUGUGCUUGCAAAGUGAAGAUUGGAAUAGCCACAGGUGAUGCUGGCAUGCAGCUUCCAAUGCGUCUGGACUUGGAAACGGCGCUCUAUGUGCAAAAGUUGCAGCACGUUUCUGCCACAUGCCGCUUGACAUUGGAAGAAGAGCAGCGGGCGUUACAGCUCAUUGAGGAUCAAGACCACCGCCUGCAGAUUGCGCGCCAACACUUAGAGUCUGUCCCAAAAAAGCAGUGGGCUGAAAAGGUCGAGUGCAAGAAGUUUUUGGCCGCGCUGCAGGCCUUGCUGCGAUCAGCAUCCCUGCCGGUGCAUAUAGAGGAUGCGAAGCAACUCCUGGUGCAAUCAAGUGAUUGGAAGCACCUCCCUCCCGACAUGGUUGCCACUCUCUCCAAUAGACGAAGUGCCUUGGAAGCUCUUGGAAGGAGUCCCCAAGGCACUGGCCUUGCUCUUGAACCAUGCCGAGCCGAGCUGGUGUUGCCCGCCAGGGGCACAGGUCCCAAGUCUGCUCUUCCAGGCAGCUUGUUCCAAAGCAAGGACAUGAGCUUCCUUACUCGGAGCCCUGACACCAUUGUUCGAGAAAUCCCGUUCAAGGCGGACAACCACGAAAAAUUGAAAGUCGAUGCUGCAAUUGCCUUGAUUUGCAGGAUGCUGGCUGAUGAAAAAAAGGAGAAAGACACCGAACUGAAACUCUUCUGGCUGCUUUACAGUUGCCUCACACCACACAAGGGUGGUGUCAAGGAGAUUUUCCUCGAAGGCUUUCCUUCGUUGCUCGCGAAGAACGAUCGUGACUUUCAGCUCAAAGUCUGGGAGUUGAGCAGCGCCUGCCGGAAGUAUCAUCCGAUGCUCAGAUGGCCCCAAGGCAUGGAGUGGGGUGGUGGGGAGAGAUGUGUGCUUGAGGGAUAUCAUGAUAUCAGCACGGAAUCCUUCAAGUGCUUCGCGCAAAAAGUGGAAGCUGUUCCAGUUCAGGCCGCUGUGGGCCACGGCGUUCGACCAGAGCUGUGGAGUGGAACGAGUGGAACCGCCAAGCAGGGCCAAAGCCUCCAUCUUGCAUGGUGGAAGCCUCCAAAAGUGAGCAACGCCAAGCAGGGCCACAGAGAACUGCUUGCCUCACAAGAGCUGGCGAAGGCUUUGGAGCAUUUCAGCUGCAGUCCGCUUGAUGGUUUGGAAGGUGGCCUGAAGAAGUACACUGCAAGUGUCACGGCUGAGCCCAUCCGAAAAGCAUUGCCGUUUCAACUUGAGGACAAGCCUGACAUGAAGUCUCCUUUGUCGAAACAGGCCUUGAAGCGCAUUCGGGAAGAGAUGCAGACCUUUGGAGAAUUACGGAGUCGAGAUCGAAAGCAACUCUUGUUGUUCGUAGCUGCAAUUAAUGAAAAUAGGCUGCCAAUUCAUGAGGAGACCAUCGACCUUAAGUUUGCUCUGAAGGGGUUGCGAAAUCAUGACAUGAAAGAAAUGCAGAAUCUGAGUGAAGAUGUGCUGAAGGCCGCGUCCAAUCUUGGUGAUUCUCACGAAAUACUUGAAGAAGAGCGAUUGAGGUUUUGGCUGCUUCGCUAUGCAGGUCAGGAGGCAAGCAUUUGGUUUCAAUUUCUUUGUGCCGUGCUUUGCAGUGAUGCUGCCACGGAAGGUUUGCGGCACUUGAAUCCCUUUAAAAAGCUGCUUCGCCCUCGGCAAGUGGAGUUAGUUCAAGAGUUUGCCAGAUCAGCGGCGGAAGAGGAAUCGCUCGUAAAGCAGAUGAUCAUGGGAGCCGGGAAGACGACUGUGGUUUCCCCACUCUUAGGCAUGCUACUGGCUGACGGGGAGCGAUUGGUGGUGUUGAUGGUCCCAGCCCCUCUCCUGGAGUUUGCCAAGUCAGUUCUCACUACAGUCUUUUCCAACAUCAUUCUCAAGCGCACCUUCACCUUUCAGAUGACGCGUAGCGAUGACGUCGAUUGCCAGCUUUCCAAGAAGAUCAGUCGGCUUCGUGACUCCGGAGAUCUGGUUCUCACUGUCCCCAUGGCGGCGAAGAGCCUCAUGCUUCGCUUCAUGGAGUCGUUGCUGGUACUGAACGACCGGAAAGCUAAACAGCGGACCCCUCAACUGCGGAAAGGCAUGAUGAACUUGGGGGAAACGUUGGAGCUCUUACAAGAGUCUGUAGUGCUGAUUGAUGAGGUUGAUUGGGUCUUGCAUCCUUUGAAGUCUGAGCUCAAUUUCCCCAUUGGCGAGAAAACGCCCAUAGAUUUGGCCCCCCGCCGCUGGGAAUUGCCCCUCCAUUUGCUGGAGGCAUGCUUUCUGGCGGGUCCUGACAGCGCUCCAGAGGAAGGCAGCAUCUUGAAGGAACUGAAAGAGGCAAUUGCCAGCGGCAUCACCGACUGCAACAUCAUGAAGGAGCCCCAUAUGGUGCUUCUGGAUGAGAAGUUCUAUCAUGAGAUGAUGAAGCCACUUCUUCUCCAGUGGUUGGGGAGUUUCCUAAACCAGAGACACAUUGGAAGGCAGUUCAAAGGUAUGCAGAACGGCCAAGGGCUUCAGUCUGAGGAGGUUUUGGCUUUUGUUGGCAACACUCAUAGCAUUUCUGCCAGCUACUACCUGAUCGCCAGCAAGUAUCGAUUGAGUUGCCACGACAAAGAAGUGCAGUUGGGUGGCCCAUACUUCUUGGAAGAGGGAGGCGAUUUCGUCUUCCAAGCAUCCCGCGCGUCCCGCGGCCCUGAUUGUGCUCUGUGGGUUAUUCGAAAGGAUGGCGGGAAGUGGAUUUUGGGAAGACGGAAAGGCGGAAAGCUGGAGGCAUUUUGUCAGGCGAAUCCAGGUGCAUCGGACGAAUUUCCCCUCUUGCAGUGGAAGGUGAUUCAUGACGGAUGGGCUUUGCGCCCAGAUAUGAACAUGGAAGCUCGAAUCACUUCACUCGAAGCGAGAAUGGCCAACGACACACAAGUGAACACACCCGACAUGAAAGUCUUGACUUUGGCCAGGGAUUGGCUGAAUGUAAUUCUACCGCACUGCCUCAAGAAAAUCAACCGCGUGACCUUUGGACUGAUGACCGAUGAGCAGGUGAAGGAUGCAUUACAGGAGAACCCACUGAUGUCAGAGACCCGUGGCAAGCUUGGUAUCCCCUUUGUGGGGAAGGACAUGCCAUCGCCGGCAGCAGAGUUCCAGCAUCCUGAUGUGCUGGUGGGCUUGAGCUUUUUGAGUUAUUGCUACCAAGGCCUUCGAAAGAGUGACUUGGCGGAUUUGCUGUCCACCUUGUCUGAUCGGUAUUCGCGUGAGCCUGGAAAGCCCAGCGAGCGUCCCACCAGCAAGCUCUUCAAAAGUUGGGUGGAAGUUUCGGGCGGGAGAAUGGCUGGAGAGCGGACGUUGCAGAUGGAAAAAGCGGAGAAGCCGAAGUUCCGGCAGCUUCAUGAGUUGGAGUUGACGAAUGAGAAGCAGAUGGAGGAAUUGCAUCAACUACUCUACAAGACUGCUGCGGUCGUUGAUUGGUACCUGAAGAAUUGCAUCUUCCCGGCAUCCAUGCGUUUUCAAAGCGAGCAACUUUCUGCGAGUGGUGAAGAUUUAGGGGGCAGCGUGCUUUUCAAGACACGCUUGGGCUUCUCUGGAACACCAUCGGAUUUGAUGCCAAUGGAGUUGGGUUCGUGUGGCAUCGUCAGUGUUGACGAGAUUUUGGACAAAGCGUGGAAUGCAAAAUCCUUGCUUCAACGUGUUGCCAGCAAUGAACACCCUCUCCAUGCUUUGAUUGACACUGGCGCGCUUGUCACUGGUAUGACGAACAAAGAAGUUGCUGAGUUCCUGCUGCAGCACCUUCCUGGCCACUUUGAGGGAUGCGUUUUCAUCUCAGAAGCUGGGCGCAAGCAAAUCCUGGCGCGAUCUUCGCAAGCCGUAGUGGAUCUUGAUGAAAGCCCUUCGAUUCCACUUGAGCACCGCUUCGUUUUCUACGACCAGGUGCACACGACUGGCAUGGACAUCCAACACAAACCAGAUGCAGUCGCCGCUUUGACCCUGGGAAAGGACAUGGUCUUUCGGGAUUAUUCUCAGGGUGCCUACCGAAUGCGUGGCGUUGGCAAAGGGCAGAAGAUUCGCUUGGUCAUUGUGCCCGAGAUACGCCAACUGAUGGAUAGCAAGUAUGACCCACAUGGCGGGCGGAACGCUAUGGCUCCCAAUCCAAAUGAAGAUGGCAACCACAUUGGGAUACCUCCAGCCUUACGUGUCCCGCAAGUGGGUGCUUGGCUGAUGAUCAACACUGCCCUGGCAGAUCAACUCCAAUGGGCAUCCCUGCAGAUGAAAGACGCAGCGAAUGUGUGGCGCUUGCCUGCAUUUCGAAGGUUGUUAGGCUCCGACGGACCAAUUUCCUUCCGUGAUGUUGAAGAAGAAGAGAUCCAGAAGUCUGCGAUGACUUUCAUAGAUACUGUCAUCAUGGAUGUGAAGGAAGAGCUCCCAAGGGCCCGAAAUAUGGUCGAGAUGUUGGAAGGUGCAAUUUCCUCUGCCCAAAAAGCCGGCUAUCUGACAGUUCCAGACCGUGCAUGCAAAGGAUCCCAAGGAGACGACGAGAAGCUCUUCAAAGUUCGCAAGGAGACGACGGGAAGUGAGAUGCUGGACGGAAGGGAGAUGUUGGACAGAAUCCGGGCGCAGGUGUCCAAGUUUGUGGAGGCUACAGCCUUUGGCCAAGCCUUAGGUCUUAGUGACGGUGACAACCAGGAGCGCAAGGUCAAGUACCAGAUGGCACUUGGGACUCCUCGUGUGCUGUUAGCGCCUCCAGAUCUAGUUGUGAACCUUGAAGAGUGCAAGGAGGGCACAAAGUCCAAGGUGAUGAAGCCCAUCUCGGCAGCUGCGACUUUCCCUAUGACCGUCAGUCUUACCAUCCAGUCAAUCCCGAAACAGUUCUACAGAGCAGCGGAGUUCAAGGUGAACAAGCUGUGCCCCUCGUUGCCAUACCUGCCCACUGACGUUUUGAUCUCAACAAACUAUUUCAACAAGACCUGGUCGGGCUUCAGGAGAGUAAAGAAUGUGGCAGUGGUUUUGGAAUGGAUUCGUCCAAUCUCUGGGCAUGGGGCAUUUGCUGCGCAUGCAUGUGUGUCAGAAAAGGCCUCAUCUGAAGAUCAGGAGAGGAUAGCAGCUUGUCUCGAAAGGCUUUGGCCAAUGUUUGAAGCAGGUGAUCAACCGCUCUUGUCCGAGAACGUUCAGCUCGUGAAGGCUGCUGCCUUUGAUUUGGAUCUGAAGGAUUGCUGCCUUACUGGUGCUUUGGACAGGGAUGGAAUGAGGGGCGUCUUGUCCCAGGCCCAGGAGACAGAAGGAGACCAUUUCUUCGUUUUGGUGAGCUUGGCAGAAGCUGAGACCUUGCGACGCAUUUGUCAUUGCAAGAGCAGCAAAGGCAGUCCAGUCUUUGCAAGCUCAAAGAAUGCCAGCUUUGCAUUGAGAUCUUUGGUAGAUUGGAACCAUCCCUUUGAUGAAGCUGCUGGCUUUGAGGAGGGUAAGCAACCCUUCCAAGCACAGCGUGCUGAGCAAAUAGCAAGGUUUCUCAAUUGUGAGACUUCCUUUGAAGGACACCAAGUUAAUUUGCUGCUGAAGGCAUUGUGCUGGGAAAAGCCACUUGCCAGGGAGCGUUUCUUUGUAGCAGUGGGCGGUUGCCGCCGGCGGGCACUGGGAGAUAACUGGCGAGCCUUCAGCGUGGCUGAGGUUUUCCGAUCGAAGCAUCAGUGGGACUUCUUGGUGAAAAGGUUGCGAGGAGAGUUGUUUAGACAGAAAGCAGCAUUUUUCCUACGCACUGAUAUCUCAAGCCUUUUCCAUCUUAUCGAUUUGGAUCAGUCGGGAGAUGUUGACAUGAGGGAGCUGGCACCUGCCUUGAUGAAGAUGUUCAAACUUGGCAAUUCACCGGAAGAGAAGGAGCAGUUCAUCGAGACUCCGAUCGAAGUGGAACGAUCUCGCAAGAUGAGCUCGCCUUUUUCCUUGGCGAUUGAAGAAAUGGAGUUGGAGGCCAAGAAACGGCUGGAAGAUGCUUGGGCAGAGGUUCUGGAAAAGGAGAUGGGUGAGAAUCCGAAGUUGGAGGAAGGUGUUUGCGCAGUUUUCAGUUUCCAGUAUCCAAAUCCUCCCAGGUUCACCAACUUUGUGGGUGGGUGUCCUGAGGCCGUGCAAGACAAUGAUCCCCGCUUGAAAGGUCAACACCUGAAGUUUUGGUCGCUGGAAAACUCGGCAGUGGUGCUGCAAAAGAUUCCUCUGCAACAGCCUCAAGGGCCUGAAUCAGAUGCAGAGCUCCACGAUGUGAACCGUUACAAUCUCACACUGUGGUUUUGCUUGCCACGGCUGCCAACGGAGAGGCUGAUGCUUCUUCACUGGGGAAAACCUGAGACAGAUCUCUACAGAAACUUGCCGCCUGGUGAGCUCUAUGUGUGGCCCGAUGGCAGAGUAGCUCCAGAUGGUUUGCAGGAAGCUCGACUUUCAGAGGAAGGAGAGGUCAAGGACACGUUGUCCAAGGACUAUUUGCUACAGCUGAAAGGUAUUUCCAAUGUAUCUGAUUUGGUCGGAGCUUUUGAGACCUUGGGCCUUCAUCUUGGAGAUGAUGCGCAGGAGGUAUCACUGAGGAUAUGGCUUCAAACGGAUGCUUGCAGCCGCAAGGUGGCUGGAGGAGUGAUGGGGCAAAGCCGUUCUCGCUUUGAAGGUGUGUGGGAAGAAGGCUCCGGAGGACCCAACGAAGGCGAUUUGAAGCUGAGGUGGUGCUUUCAAGUUGGAGCUGGUGGCUUUGAAACCUAUGCUGAGUUCAGUGGCAGCUGGAGAGAUGCCAGUGGCUGCGAAGGAGAGGUUUCGACCUUCAACGUUCUACAAGACAAGUUCAGCACUUUUACCUUAACUUCACAGACUUUCUUGGGCGGUGGACUGGCAGCAAGAUGUUUGUUCGCCCGUGAGACCUUGAGCUUCCGUCAAUUUGCAAGCGAUGCAGGGAAGAUGUACUUCGAAGAACCAGUGCAGGAGCUUGCUCAGAGAGGCAAUGUCCUCUUUGAUCUCACCAGCGCAGGAUGCGUUGCUGGAGAUGUUCUUGGGUGUGUUUAUGAUGCCGACAAGGGUCAGGCCAGCCUCUAUAAGAAUGGAAAGAAGUUGGAUGGCUGGCCGGACCAAGCAGGAGAAGGAGAACGAUUUCCAGAGCUUCGACUUUGGGGAGACAAAGCCAUUUCGUUGAAUUGGGGCCAGAAGCCUUUUGCAUUUCUUUUGUCGGAUGUUUGCCCUCUCCUGAAAAGGCUUUGCUUGAUGGAUGGAAGACUCUGGAGAGCAGAGAAACCGACGAACGAAUUCGGACAUGGAGAAGGCAUACCAACUCAUUUGCAUCCAGACAUCGAGUCCGACCCCGUAGACCGGGAGAAUUUCUUUGUGUCAAUUGGAGAUGUGAUUCUGUGCCUUGAGGAGAAAAAUCAUUGGUUGCGACAUGAAUGGGGCUGGCCCCCUUCCUCCUGCUUCGUGCCCCAUGGCCAUAGCCAUACAGAAGCUGACGAUGAUGUGGAGGGUGUGGAACUUUUAGAGGACGAGAAGGACAGCGAGAAGCACGCGAAGGUGACCUUCAGCCUUCGAGGUCAAUCUCUUUGGACCAUCGUUGCCCAAGAGAGAAGAAAGUUGAAGGAGCUAAGCAUUGAAACUCAAAAGAUUCGGACACUGUCAGAUACAGAAGCUGAAGUGACUCAUUUUCUGGCGCCAAACCAGCAGCAUCAGUUGCAGCAGCUACAACUUCUUGCGCAGCGUGCUGGGCUGCAUGCUGGUGUAGCCUCAGUGCAGGUGCCUGCCAAAACCUGCGGGGUGACCGUGCGGAAGGACACCUGGCAUUUGCUCACGAUCUCUGCAGACCUUCCAUUCUCCAUGGUGCUAUGGCUUGAUGGGGAGCGCGUGUUGGACAUUGAGCCAGAGUAUCCGGGACUGAGGAGGGGAGGACCUUUUUCUUUGGUCGUGGAACACGGCUUGUCCUUCUUUGGGAUGAAAGGCCUUUGCUCCAAGGCGCAGAAGAAAUGGAGCAACUUGGGUGGCCAACUGCGUGAGGUUCGCAUCGCUCUUGGCCAUCUCCCUUCGAAGUCAGACAUCUUGUGUACCGCCACCUCAAAACCCCGACCUAAGACCGGCCUGGUGACCCUGGUGGCAGAGGAGUUCGAGAAACUGGUGCUUGAAAGCGAUCAAUCCGUCUUUGUGGACUGCACAGCUGAUUGGUGCGGUCCCUCUGUUCAAAUCAAGCCCUUGAUCAAACAGUUGGCGAAGAUCACGCAGAAACCUGGCAUUGCAAAUGGGAGUGAUCCGAUCAUUGUUGCAAUGAUGGACACAGAUGAGAAUGAGACCAGUCCCGAGUAUUUCCCAGAGACCUACGUACCAAACAUGAAGCUUUUUGUGAAGGGGAACAAGACAAAUCCUAUAAAGUUUGAUGGCGAGCGGACCCUUGAAGGCGUGUUGCACUUCAUUCAAGAGUACACUGAGAUCAAAGACUUCAAUACAGCUUUAUCUGCAGGAUACCCGGACUAUAAAGAGAAACAUGACAUAGACAACCAAUGA